AUGAAACCCCAUUUUAUCAAGUGUAUGGUCAGGCCCGGUACGGCCCUCCGGGCCGUACGGCCUGGAAACCAUUAUCCAGUGAAAUCCACCUUUAUCGCGGCACUGUCAGCAAUGAGUAUCUCAAUUAUAAAUGGAUUUAAGCGUUUUGGAAGUGGGACCUUGGUUCUGAACGAUAUAAACGUCAAUGUUUCCAGUGGAAAAAUAUACGGUCUUAUCGGUGCUAGUGGUUGCGGCAAAACCACCUUGCUCUCAUGUAUCGUAGGAUUACAUCGGCUUGAUUCUGGCCAAGUCACCGUGCACAGUGAAUCCCGUCCCGAUAAUCUUGGAAACUUUUGCGGAUACAUGCCUCAAGAGACAGCCCUUCUAGAUGUCUUAACAAUCAGAGAAGUUCUUAAAUAUUUUGGAUUACUUUAUGGAAUGAAAACGCAAGAUAUUGAGAGUAGGACACAUUUCCUCUCUGAGAUUCUUGACUUGUAUCAACUAGACGCAGUAAUUAAUACGCUAAGCGGUGGGCAAAAACGGAGGGUGUCCAUGGCCGCGGCAAUGAUUCAUAACCCGCCCCUACUCGUGCUUGGCGAACCCUGCGUUGGAUUAGAUCCACUCUUGCGACAGAGGAUUUGGGAGUACUUAUCCAAGAUUUCUGGGGAACAAGGAAAAACCAUAAUAAUUUCGACCCACUAUAUCGAAGAGACAAGAUUUUGUGACAAGGCAUGUGAACUAAUACUCUUAAAAAUGGUGUGA